CUAAUCUCUUUAAUAUUUUGUUGUAGAUUCUGAAUUGUUGGAAACUCUGUUUCGACAAUUACAAAAAGAGACUGAAGGCCACGAUAGUGGUAAUGAAAAUCCUAGUCCACAAACCACAAAAGAUUUUGAAGCUGGGGUUGAAGUUAAAGCAUCAUCAGAACACGAGUUGACUUCUCCAAAGAAAACAAAACUAACACCAGAGACAGAGCAUGAACUUGUCGAAAAUGUUCCUGGUUUAGAAAUACCAACAAAUCCAGAUGAGUUGAUGAAUGAAAAAUCGAUGCAGCAACAACGUCCACUUGGAGAAACUGAUAUUGCCGUCAAACCUUCUCAGGUUAGUGAAAUAAGUGUUGAAAAAGGAACUACAUCAGGUCCAUUAUGUACUUCUAAGGAGAAAACAUCUUCACAGGAAUAUGACGAUGGACAAAUAGCCAUCACUUCUCCUCCUAUUGCUGCCAUAACAAAGCCUCUUACCACUCAAGAUGUUGAUGUUAAUAACUUGCAGGAAACUAGUAACAUUAUUGAUGAUCAAGUUUCUCUAAAUGACGACGUUGUCAUAAAAAUAACCUCUAUUAUUGAGGAACCAUCUUCUAAGGAUGUUGAAUUUAAAGUUCCAAAAUCUAAGCUCUCUCCUAUCAUUCCUUCGCCUCAAGAAUUUCAAACUCCUUCAAUGCUAUCCAAAGAAGACCCUUCUCAAAAUGUAGAAGAUUUAAGUUCUUCUUCGCUUGUCAAGAGGGAGCUUGAGCAACUACUCUCCAAGAAGCAUUUGGAUUAUGAGAACUUGUCUUUGUUGACUGAUUUCUUUGUUAAACAUCCUUCUGUUCGUUUGAAGGACACUUCAUUGAGUAACAGAUACAAGGGUUAUGCCUACAAUUGCCUAGCUGAGCUAUUGAAAUUCCUCCAAACUCAUAGUGUGUUGGAUGUGUUAGGUUCAAGCCACUCUGAAUUUGUUGAGUUACUACAAGAUGUGCGCAAAUGUGGUUUUGAUAAGAAAUGGUUGGAUGAUGUGGAAAAGCGCGCUUUGUUUCCUGGUUCACAAGUCUCUCAAGAUGCAUUGCAAAAAUUGUUGGACUCAAAACACAUCUUGACGCAACAUGUGAAGGAUCUUAAGCAUCAAUUGGCUUCCUCUGAAGCUGUUUUGCAGAGCAUCACUCAACAAGAGGCACAAAUUUUACAAACUCGGGGUGCUUUAAGUGAUCCUAUUGGUUAUUAAACUAUUUUUUUUCGUUGCAUUCUAGCAGUUCCCUGAUUUUCUUUAUCCUUGAAUAUUUUAUUUAUUGCUCGAACAUACAUUUAUAUAUCAACCA